CUUGCGCCGAUCUGUGGGCUUGACAGGUUUUGCAGACGAUUGCCGAUAGAAGGGCUGGAGUCCCUGGCAGACCUGUGUGCAGAGCCCAGAUGUGAUUGUCACGGCUUUUUACCGAGGAAUGGAGCGCCCGGAGCCGCUGAAGCUGCUGGAUGUGUCUAGCCUGGAGGAGCCACAGCGGGCACUGCGUGUAUUAGAAUGGCUCCAGUAUCUGAGGAUGGUGCUGCCCGUCACAGCUCGGGCCGAAGUAAAGCAGAAUCAGAAGCAGGUGGUUGAGCAGUUGACUUUGAUAAUGAUGGGCUCACCUGGACCUCCAGUUCGUCGACUUUUGGCACAUAACUUUGCUGUGGUGUAUAGUUCCGGAGAUAUGUUUUCUGCCUAUGAGACAAUUGAUCGUUGUAAUGAACUGAUUCGAAGCAAGGAUGAUUCGCCUAGCGGCCUUCCCAACAAGUUAGCUGCAGUUGCCUGUCUUGGAGCUUUGUAUCAGAAGCUGGGUCGCCUUUUGGGAAGCACAUUCAGUGAAACAGUUGCCAACCUUCUGAAAGUUCUGCGCAAUGCAGAGUCUCAGGGCCGCUCAGAGAUCAUGAUGAGCCUGGAAGGAAUAGUAGCAGGUCUUGGACCCUCUGCUUCAUUUUGCCAUCGAGACAUCUACAAGGCAGCUCGUUCAUGUCUGACGGAUCGGUCCAUGUCGGUGCGAUGUGCGACUGCACAGUGCCUCCUAGCACUGCAAAAUGAAGCCUCCUUCAUGUGGACGUCUGAUCUGGAGAGUUUAGUAUCCCUGUGCUUCAAAGCCUUUGAAGGAAGCAGUUAUGAUGUCCGUCUAGGAGUCUCCCGAUUGUUGGGAAAAGUUCUGGCAAGGGCAGUGCAGGGAACUUCUCCCUCAAGGCAAAGUGUACGUAGACUGUCACUACAGGAAGCUCUUGGUCUUUUGUCUACUGGCUUCCUGCGAGGGAAUUCUGGCUUUCUUAGAGGUGGAGGAGAUAUGUUAGGAGGAAAUGGCAGCACAACUCGUCACGUGCGUCUGGGAGCAACUCAGGCGUACAUCGUCUUUAUCAGCACGCUUGGAGCACAGUGGCUUUCUAGAAAUGUCCCAUUGCUCUUGUCACAUGUGCUAGAGUUGGUGUCCCAUCAAAAGGCAACUCAGAACCCGGUGGAAGCUUGCUGUGCAAGACGUUGCGUAUCCUACAUCCUUAGAGCUACGAUAGGGGAAAUGCUAAGUGAGAAGGCCCAGCUGGAAGCUGCUCGAGAGAUUUGUGAGGUCGUCAAGAAACUCAUAAAGUCUGUGGAUCUUGCGCUAAGUGACAGUAAUCAGGAGACUCGGUUUGGUGCCACUGAUAUCUCUGCCAGUCAGCAUGUGCUGGUGUGCGCCCUGCAAGAGCUCGGGGAUCUUAUUUUAGGACUGGGUACUACAGUCUCCCCUUUGCUGCGUGACUCCAGUGCUGGGGUCCUGGACACUGUGAUUUCAGUAGCUCUCCACCCUAGCCUAAGUGCUCGCUUAGCCUCCGCUUGGUGCCUUCGCUGUUUGGUAGUGUCUAUGCCUUCUCUAGCAGCCCCUCUCUUAGAUCGAUGUGCUGAACGUCUGAUAGCUCUUAAAUCCUCUUCUGAAGCAGUGAGUGGGUAUAGCCUUGUAGCAGCUGGACUGCUUGGCUCUGUUAGACUGUGCCCACUUGGUGUGCCACAGGGAAAAGGCAAGGUAAUAUUGAGCCUGGCAGAAGACUUGCUAUGCUCUGCAAGCCAGAACAGUCGUCUCUCCUUACAUCGAGUACAUGCCGGGUGGCUUCUUAUCGCUUCCCUCAUGACUUUGGGUCCUGCAAUGGUCCACCCCCAUUUAGGCCGGAUUUUACUUCUUUGGCGGAGUGUUUUCCCAAAUACCCACAAGGACUUGGAUACAGAACAAAGUCGGGGAGAUGCCUUCACAUGGCAAGUGACUUUGGAAGGCAGAGCUGGAGCAAUGAGUGCUAUGCAGAGCUUUAUUUUGCAUUGUGGGGAGCUCAUGACUGAAGACGUUCUACAGCGGAUCCUUCCUCCCCUUCCUUGUGCUGUGGCUUUGCUGACCCGACUACCCAGCUUACAGAAACUGUAUGGAAACCCCCUGAAGGCUUGUUCUGUGUUAUACAGACUAAGGCUGUACCAGCUACUGAAACAACUUCCUCCCAAAACAUAUGAAGGCAGUAUUUGUGCUGUUAUAAAGGAACUGGUUGCUGACCUGUCGUCUCCUGACUACACACCUAGUGGAGCUGCCUUCCUCCUGCCAUCACUCUGUCACCCCGAUGAUCUAGUGCUGUUGGGACCAUCAUUGCGGGAGAGUAGUCACAGAGCUGUUGAAGAGCAGCUCCUCCUCAGCAGUGGGAUUGCAGGCGGACUAGAAUAUGAUACGCAUGCAGUGUAUCGGAUGCCCUCUGAGGGAGAGUCGGUGCCCACCUCCCUACCUCUUGCCUUCAUAGUCAUCCAAGCUGCAGCCUCACUCUUUGGCGUUUUGUUGUCAAAUAUGCCAGAGUCACAGAGAGUUCAAAUCUUGGAGCAGCUGGUGGAUUCUGUCAAGCAAACAAAAGGCACCCGUCAACAGAGUAUCCAGCUAUCAGCUCUUGCUGCACUCUGCUGCUUCCUCAAACAUCUGGCCUCAGAUCGUGUAAAUUUAGGACCAGAAGAGGCUCGAAAACCAUGUCUGAGCUUAAUUCUAGGGGCGCUGGACAGCAGCAGUCCUGGACUGAGAUGUGCAGCUGUGGAAUGCAUGGCCAGGCUUUCCCACGUGGUGGCUGAACCUCCUUACACUUCAGGAUUAGCACAAGCAAGCUUUGAAAAACUGAAGGUGGCUAGAGAUGUGGUGGCCAGAACCAGUCAUUCUCUAGCCCUGGGUUCUUUGCACAGAUAUCUUGGAGGGCUUAGCUCUUCCCAGCACUUGGCCUCGUGUGUAUCGGUGCUACAUUCAUUGUCUCAAGAUACCACAUCUCCUGAAGUUCAGACCUGGGCCCUGCAUUCUUUGUCCAUCGUCAUUGACUCCUCAGGACCGCUGUACUAUGUUCACAUAGAGCCCACUCUUACUCUUCUCUUAACUGCACUGUUAACAACAUCACCAUCACAUGCAGAGGUUCAUCGAAGUCUUGGACGCUGCCUGAGUGCUCUUCUGAACAUCCUGGGACCAGAACUCCAAGGGAGUGGGGAAUUGGUGGCAUCACAAAGGAACUACUGCUUGUUGGCUUGCUCAGUGAUGCAAGAGAAUCCAGACUGCUUGGUUCAGGCCCAGGGCAUCUCCUGCUUACAACAGCUACAUAUGUUUGCCCCGAAACAUGUCAACCUGUCCAGCUUGGUGCCAACUUUGUGUGAGGUCUUGCUGGAUAAUUCUGUUUUGGUUCACCUGUGCAGCCCUCACUUGAUCCUACGUCGAUCAGUCUUGGCAUGUUUAAGGCAACUUGCACAACGAGAAGCAGCAGAAGUAUCAGAACAUGCGAUGACAAUGGCCAAAGAUGGGCAAGAGUGUCUUAAAAUGGAUGUAAACAUGCGGGAACUUGGCUUGGAAGGAGUUUUGCUCAGUCUUCUAGACAAGGAGAGUGAUCGGCAGCUGCUGCGAGAUGUAAAGGAAACCUUGUUACACAUGCAAAGCUGUACAGGCCUGAGUCGGCUACCGUUCUGGCUGCGCCUUCAUAAAGACAUUCUUUCUGCCUCUGCGGAUUUUGCAGCAGUGGCCUCAGUUGAUACCACCCAGGAAGAUGAUGGCGAACACUGCUCAGAUACAGUCCUCACCUCUCAAAAGGAAGAGACCUCUGCCUUUGCGGUUAGCCCUCGCUGGCACACAAGAGUGUUUUCUAUGGAAUGUGUAUGCUUGUUGAUGUCACAGUGUGAAGAUGAGGCUGAGGCCCACUUUAGCAUGAUGCAGGCUCAGGAGCUGAAGCAGAAAGAACCUGAUCGAGAUUUCCUGGUGCUUCAUCUUCAAGAUCUGAUUCGCAUGUCUUUCAUGGCUGCCACAGAUCACAGUGAAGAGCUGCGUCUGGUGGGGCUGCAGGCCUUGUUACAGGUUAUACAUCAAUUUUCUGCUGUGCCAGAGCCAGAAUUCCCUGGACAUGUUAUAUUGGAGCAGUACCAAGCCAAUGUGUUGGCAGCUGUUAGACCAGCAUUUAACACGGAUACUCCACCUGAUGUUACUGCCAGAGCCUGCCAGGUGUGCAGUGCAUGGCUGGCCAGUGGAGUGGUGAAGGAGCCAUCAGACCUACACAGAGUUCAACAGCUCCUCUUGUCUUCUCUAAGUAGAGUGCAGGUGACAAAAGAAACUUCCAGUGUAUACAGCGAGAGCACUACUACUAUGGAGACUUUGGCUGUGCUGAAAGCCUGGGCAGAGAUUUAUAUCGCUGCCAUGGAGAGGAGGACAUCCGGAGUGUCUGAAGUGAAUCCUAAUGACAGUCUUCUUUCCUUGGUGCAAGCUGAUAUUUCCACUUUGAGCAAGCUAUGGUUGUCUGCUCUGCAAGAUCAUGCACUACUUACUUUACCUGCAGAGUGCAGCCAACAGCUACCCACACAAGGUGGUGCUUUUUACGUUGCCGAAACCAGUGAUGCAGCUAGGCCACAUUAUCUUUCUUCGUGGGCUCCUAUUUUACAUGCUACCUCAUUGUGGCUUAGUAGCUCUGGUUUUAUCCAUUCUGAUCAAGAGGAAGCUGGUAGCCGUCUCUCUCGACCAGUGACUCCAAACACUAUGGGGCAAGAGCAGAGUACAAGGAUACCUGUUAAGUCACCAGACGAUAUCAACUCCGAGAAGUUUCACCUAAUUCUUGGAAUCUGUGUGGAACUUCUUUGUUGCCCCCCUGUGGAUGCACCUAUGGAGAGAAUUACUGCCUGUUUGCGGGCUUUGAAAGUACUUUUCGGAGUCUCCUGGCCCCGAGCUCAUAUAGGGGCUGAUCCGGAACUUGCUGUUGAAUUAGUCUCUGUACUACAUCGACUGCUUCUCACAAGGGAGUCCUCAGAAGUGCAACUUUUGGCAUUGGAGGUUGGAAAACAGAUCCUGGGUGCGGCUCAAGAGCAUGUGCAGGAGCGGAGGAGGAGUGCAGAAGUUGAUGAUGGAGCAGAAGAAAAGGAGAUCUUGCCAGAGUUUGGAGAGGGACAUGAUACUGGUGGCCUGAUUCCUGGUCAUUCCCUGGUUCUAGCUGCUUUGGAACUGUGUCUCUGUAUUCUUGUCAGGCAACUUCCCCAGCUCAGUCCCCGCCUGUCUGGGAACUCCUCAGGAAAUAAUGCAGCAAAGCAAAUUCUGUCACAUGAAGCCAGCCUGUUAGUUUCAGCUUCUCUGGGGAUCCUAUCAGAGCUGCCCUCCCUCUGUUCUCCAGAAGGAAGUGUCUCAGUCCUGCCCACUCUGCUGUACCUGGUAGUGGGGGUUCUUCAACACACAGCUCAGAAACUCCAAGAUGGUAGAUUACCUGUGACAGUCACUUCUGCCUUACAAGCUCUGAAGAAUAUUGUGUCUUCUCCUAUGUCAAGAGUAGAGAAAACCAGGGCAUCAUGGUCCAGUCUUCUACACAGUUCUGCUUCUUCCAUGCUUCAGUCCUGGGAUUCGGGUCAAGAGAAGGACCAAAUAGGUCUGCUGACUGCUCUUACCAUAUUUUUACUGUCAGCUAAUCCAGAGGUAUUAGCAGAGCCAGGAAUCCAGGCAGGCUGCUUACAGAGGUUUCACAGUUGCAUUGACAGCAAGGAUGCUAAUGAACAGCUGAAAUGCUACCGUCUCAUCCUGUCUAUUUUCCAACACCCUUCUCAUGAAUUCGUUGCUCCAUACAUCCGUGACUUGGCUCCACGUGUGGUUCGUCACUUGAGCCAUGCAGAUAGCAGAAAACCUCAAAGUCAACCUGAGCUUCUGGUCCUGCAGGAGGGGAUUCGAUUACUGCAAGCACUUAUUACUGCCAGCGAGGAACCGAACCGUCCUCCAAUGUUGUCCAUGGUGUUCCAUCUUUUCAUUUCAUUCCUGUUAGAUGAGAAUGCAUUUGGAUCUGCAUCUCCAUAUUCCAAGGCUCUUCAUGACUUCGGCUUAAACGGGUUAACGCAGUUUGGUGCUAGUUACCCUACCCAGUUUCGUCAGCUCAUGGGCUCUUCAACAGCACUACGGUCUCGCUUAGAGGCUGCUCUUCGGGGUAAUCAGGAAAGCCUCAAACCUAAAGUGUCUUCUCGCAGUGUCAAGGGAGGAGGACAAGGCUCCCCAAGCAUUCAGCUGAAGACAAACUUCCUGUGACGUUGACAUACAUGCUGCUUUCACUGUUCAGUUCUUCCAGUUUCCCUGCAGCAUCAAUGCCUACUUAGUUCCUUUUGAAAUCAGAAGUGCCUGCCGAAGGACAACUUAGAAUGCAGGUUUAACAACUAAAGAUUGAAGGAUUUCUAGUAUCUGCCACAAUAAUACUCCUUGACAGUCUUAACCCAUAUGCCUUAAUUAAUUGGUUGUCAAGAAUAUUAACAAACACUUGAUUAAUUGAGUCUUGUUAAAAGUCUUGCGCUACAAAGAAUCACAAUCUUUUAGAAAAGUCUCAAGACCUGCUGACUGUGAAUGUGGAAGAACUUUUUUUUUUUUUUUCACGGUUAAAAAGGUUCAGUUUAUUAAGAAAAGAGCAAAUAAAGUACAAAAUAGAGGCAAAUUUUUAGCAACAAACUUUUCCUUAAGUUUCAGAAACCGAGCAUGUUUUCCUUUCUUCCUAGACCCAGAAUGCAUAGAUUUACUGGGCUUAUUUUAAGAUACUAUUUCAGUUAUUUGUUUUUCAGAGGUCUGGAAAUAUACCCUGUGUGCUCCUUGGAGAAAAAUCAAGGAAACAUUAAGGCUGGUUUACUAAAUGGAUAUUUAGAUUAUAUUUAGAUAUGUUGACUGAGCUUAGUAAAUAAUAUGAAACCGUGUUUACUUCAAUCAACCAAUCAUUUGCCAGCAAAAUCCCUUUUUUUUUCUAAUUGGGUGUUUGGAGUGAUCACAAGUUCAUCUUAUUUACUAUCAUUAAUUUUUCAAAGUAAGCAACCUCUACUCCAUCAGUAAAUCAGCGAGAGUAGACUGUAUUUGUUUUAUUAAAUCUGUGAAGGUUGGGUGACAUUUAUUAGACUUAUGCUGAAAACCAGGUUGUUUUUGCAAUCUGUUCAUUUAUUUUGCAUUCUCUAAUUAUUUACAUUGGUCAGCAGUAAAAAAAACAUGCAACUGUCAGAAAAAAAUGUGCAGUUCACAAACAUGAUCUGGUUUUGUAUCUACUCCAGUUUAACAAAUGCCCCCUUAUGUUUGCAGUGAUUCUCUUUUUUUUUAUAUAUACUGUUCUUCCUGUUAAUCAAAAUUGUGCCUCUCUUAUAUUGCACUUUGUAGCAAUUUUAUGUAUGUAUAGUUUUUAACUAAUCAGAUGUUUAGAUAUGUUAGUGCUGCAGGAUGUACCAUAACCAACCUUGCGCUGACGCUGAUAUGAUGAAGAAUACCCUGCAGAUUUUCUGUCUUGCACUGCCGUUCCAAUCACUGUUUCAGGUUUUAACACGUUAACUUUUUCUGCUAAAUGCACUACUCUCCUAUGACAUUUUGGUAUCUACCAGAUUAACACUAGAAAAAAAAAACAUUUUACUUUAAAAAUGUCGUUGAGUGUCAAUACCCUAUCACAAAUAGACAGAACUCCUGUGUCUAUAUCACAUCUCUGGGAAAAGGUCUUUAACCUAUGAAGCAUGUAACAUUAAUGUGGAUGUGAUAUUUUUUUUAGAUCUCUGCUUUUCAAUGUAAAGAAAUUAUUUUUUCUCCCAUCACCUUCCAGGAC